UGGGCCGUCGACGUGCAGCCCAAUACUGGUGCCAAACUGCUGGCCUACCUCCUCUUCCUCCCCCUCCUUCUCCUCCCGCCGCCACGUCCGCCCGGACCUGAGCACGGAGCAGCGCCCUACUCGGCGCCCGCACAUGCCGCUGCGGCACGGGGCCCCUCCCUGCGCGCCACGGGCGCCGGACGUCGGGCUCUGCAGCGGCUGCCCCGCGCCGGCUCGUUGCUGCGUCCUCAGCCAGACCUGCUUCUUGCGGCCGAGCGAGAAGAGCGGAGGGACACUCAGCUACCAGAUGACAAACUGGGGAUGGAGGCCAGUCUUUGCUUUGGAAACUGGUGGAGCACCUACCCCUGAUGACCAAGACUUUGAAGAGGACAGUGACUUUCUUGGUAGGACAAGGCUGGGAAGACUCAUCCAAGCUGCUGCAAGGGAGCUAUUUGAAAAGUUUAACUCUGCCAGAAGCAAUUCCCCCACAAAGAUAUUCCUUGUGCUCCUUGGCUUCUACACUGCCAACGCCUUAGCAACAAUCCUAGGGCAGACUGGUGACUGGGAUGUUCUUGUUGCUGGUCUUGUAGUGGCUGCCAUUGAGGGAAUCGGCAUGCUUAUGUACAGAAAACCGAUCACCAGGCCUCCUGGGAGGUUUCAAUCUUUUAUUUCAAUGGUGAACUACUGGAAAGCCGGCGUAUGUCUGGGUCUUUUUGUGGAUGCUUUCAAACUGGGUAGCUGAGUUCCGGCAAUCAUCUUCCAAUAUCUACCUAUUAGUAUUGUUGUUGAUAUGUUGAUCUCACAAUAACACCAACAUAUAGUUCAACAAUGGGCAUUUGCUCAGUGCUCAAAUUUUAGUAUUCUUACAUUUGGCACCAGUGUUGGAACAGAUGUUUGCAGUUGAAGGUAAUCAAUUUCUUCAAAAUUCAUUGCGAUGUUUGGAGCCGAUAUUAUUCGGGGGCGACAGUAUUCUUUUUCCCUGAAAGGAAGACCUUGUUUGAUGUGUGUUGUAAGAAACUGAGCAUCAUUUGACCUAAGUGUACAUAUUUUGUAGUUCUUCUGGAAUUCGAUGUCAUGUAACUCUAAUCUUAUGAUGAUUUCUGCUUAUUUGGAAAUGAAUGAAGUCUGAAGUCCGAUGUAAAAUGAACAAUGACUGGCUGUAUUUCUUCCGGAGAGAUAUCAGACUCGCCUUGUAAUUGUUUGUGA